AUGCGGUGGUUCAGACGAUUCAAAAGUGGUGAUUUUGACUUGGAAGACAAAGAACAUCCAGGUCAUCUGAAAAAAUUUCAAUAUGUCAAAAUGCAAGCAUUGUUGGUCCAAGGUGAUCCGCAAACUCAACUACUAAUGGCAGAAAUGUUAAAUGUUGGUCGCCAUACCAUUUGGGAAUGUCUGCAUGGCAUGGGAAAGAUCCAGAAAGCAGGAAAAUGA